AUGAUGGAAGUGAAGGUCUGCAGGUCCUCGCCUUCGGCCAUGGCUCCGCGCCCGCUCCCGGCGCCGGUCCCCGCGGCGGCGGCGGCAGAAGCGGCGGCCGCGGACGCCCCGGUCUGUUGCAGGGAGCGACGGAGCCGGGGGGAGGGCGGGGGGCGGCGGCGCGCAUGCUCGGCGGGACCCGCCCCGACGGCGGCGGGGGGGCGGCGGCACCGGGAUGCUCCCGCCGCGCCCCCGGGCAUCCCCCGCCGAGCCCGUGCGGACGGCAGCGCGGGUCGGGGAGCGGCGCCUGGGGUGGACCCCGGGCGGGUUGAGCGGGGCGCCGGGGCCGGUACCGAGGCUGCUGGGGCUCCCGCGCCCCUGCCCCGGGGCCGCCCGCCGACCCCUCCCCGCCGCCCCCCCUCUCCCCGCCGCCGAGGGGCGCGCGAGCCGGCGGGGCCUGCAGCGCCGCGCCCGGCCGCCAGGGGGCCCCCGAGCCCACCGGAGCGCUGCGCCCGCGGGGCGGGGCCACCCGCGCAUGCGCGCUGCCUCCCCUCCGCGCCUGAUGCCGUGUCCCUCCCGGCGCGACCGCAGUGCGCCUGCGCAGAGCGGCGGCACCGGGACCGGCCUGGGACGGGACCGGGGGCGACGCCGUGGGGCACGAUGGCCGUAGGCACGGGCACCUCCCUGGCGCUCUCCUCGCUGCUCUCGCUGCUGCUCUUCGCCGGGAUGCAGAUGUACAGCCGGCAGCUGGCCUCCACCGAGUGGCUGACCAUCCAGGGCGGGCUGCUGGGCUCCGCGCUCUUCGUCUGCUCCCUCACCGCCUUCAACAACUUGGAGAACCUCAUCUUCGGCAAGGGCUUCCAGGCCAAGAUAUUCCCUGAGAUCCUUACCUGCCUCUUGCUGGCUCUCUUUGCCUCUGGCCUCAUUCACCGAGUCUGUGUGACCACCUGCCUCAUCUUCUCCAUGGUCGGCCUCUACUACAUCAACAAGAUCUCCUCCACCCUCUAUCAGUCUGCAGCGCCCGUCGCUGUUCCCGCCAAGGCUGUCGGCAAAGGCAGGAAGAGGAAUUGAUGUCCUGGCACAGCCCCUUCCUUGCCAGGCCGGACUGGGGCUCUCUGUUGCCCAAUAAAGCCAUUUCUUUGUA